GCCUGUGUGUGUCAGAAGCUCACUAUUGGUUGGCCGCGUUGCCAAGCUCCGGACGCGGCUCGACCAUUGGAGGCCGCGGGCCCGCCCCCGCCGGCUAGGUGAAGGUGAGAGUCUCCUCGAGUCGCGCCCAGACCAGAUUGAGCAGCUCCAGGAACCGGGGAAGGUUCUGUGCAGCGUCCUGCUCUCUCGUCAUGGCGCCUCCGUCCGUCUUUGCCGAGGUUCCGCAGGCCCAGCCGGUGCUUGUCUUUAAGCUCACCGCUGACUUCCGGGAGGAUCCAGACCCCCGCAAGGUCAACCUGGGAGUGGGAGCUUAUCGCACGGAUGACUGCCAGCCCUGGGUUCUGCCAGUAGUGAGGAAGGUGGAGCAGAAGAUCGCCAACGACAGCAGCUUCAACCACGAGUACCUGCCCAUCCUGGGCCUGGCUGAGUUCCGGACCUUAGCUUCCCGCCUGGCCCUUGGGGACAACAGUCCAGCUCUCAAGGAGAAGCGGGUCGGAGGCGUGCAGUCUUUGGGUGGCACGGGUGCCCUACGAAUUGGAGCUGAGUUCUUGGCACGAUGGUACAAUGGCACGAACAACAAGGAUACACCAGUCUACGUGUCCUCACCUACCUGGGAGAAUCAUAAUGGUGUAUUUUCUGCUGCUGGUUUUAAGGACAUUCGAUCCUAUCGCUACUGGGAUGCAGAGAAGAGAGGACUUGACCUUCAGGGUUUCCUGAGUGAUCUGGAGAAUGCCCCUGAGUUCUCCAUCUUUGUCCUCCAUGCCUGUGCCCACAACCCAACCGGGACCGACCCCACUCCGGAGCAGUGGAAGCAGAUCGCUGCUGUGAUGAAGCGCCGGUUUCUGUUCCCCUUCUUUGACUCAGCCUAUCAGGGCUUCGCAUCUGGAGACCUGGAGAAAGACGCCUGGGCUGUUCGCUAUUUUGUGUCUGAAGGCUUCGAGCUCUUCUGUGCCCAGUCCUUCUCCAAGAACUUCGGGCUCUACAAUGAGCGAGUGGGAAACCUGACGGUGGUCGCGCAGGAGCCCGACUGCAUCCUCCGGGUCCUGUCCCAGAUGGAGAAGAUUGUGCGGAUCACGUGGUCCAACCCUCCAGCCCAGGGCGCUCGCAUUGUGGCCUGCACCCUCUCUGACCCCGAGCUCUUUAAGGAAUGGACGGGUAAUGUGAAGACCAUGGCUGACCGGAUUCUGACCAUGAGAUCGGAACUCAGGGCACGACUAGAGGCCCUGAAGACCCCUGGGACCUGGAAUCACAUCACGGAUCAGAUCGGCAUGUUCAGCUUCACUGGGCUGAACCCCAAGCAAGUUGACUAUCUGAUCAAAGAAAAGCACAUCUACCUGCUUCCCAGUGGGCGGAUCAACAUGUGUGGCCUAACCACCAAAAACCUAGAUUAUGUGGCCACCUCCAUCCAUGAAGCAGUUACCAAAAUCCAGUAAAGAAACACCAGCCAAUCCACCACCACCAUGGGUCUCCAUCACGUGUGCUCCCCACCUGCACCAACCCAGUCGUACGUACGGUGGAUUCAAGAUGACUCGAGAACUGAAAAGGGCGGCUACUGUUUAAACUGGUCCAGGGAAGAGAACAGCCUUGGGAGAACCCUGGGGACUUGGGGCUGGAGCCUUCGGGAGGCCAGGGCCAAGGAAGCCUUUUAUUUAAGAAUAAAGCCAUGCUUUGACGGUGAACGGGAGAAUCCUGUGCCCCUCGCUAGCAGCAGGAGUGAGGCCCAUGGUGAUGUUCAUGUGCUUCUGCGUGUUGCUCGGCUCUGCACCAAGCCCAGUCCCGAAGAUGAGGUUGCUGGAAGGAGGCGAGUGUGCUCAAGAGUGCUGGCUGUGACAUUGACAUUCGUCUCCGCCCGCUGCGUGCCGUAUCCCUGCUCCUUCUGCAUGGUCGUGUCCCUGAUCCCGGCUCUUAGUCUCAGGGUGAGUGUGCUCAGAGAUAAGGUUUGCAUCGUGACACACAUCUGACAUCGAACAAAGGUUUCCUGAAACAGUGCUGACCCUUGCUAUGUGUAGUGCAUCCUGGCGUUUUCUAGUCCAUUCUGUUGUAAUCUAUUUCACUAAAAAGAUUACCUAAUAAAA